CAUAAUAUUUAAAAAAAAAAUUUAAUCCUUUCGUCAGCUGUCAUCUGUGAGGGCUCUCAAUUCUCAUACUUCAUAGUGUCGUGUGUACUCUAAUCUGGUUUAAAAUUUAAAUUGUUUAUUUCAUUGAAGAUUCAUAUGCCUGUAUUAUUUUAAUUUGUAAUAACCUAAUAAAAAUAUAUAAUAUCUAGUUUUAUGAAUGAUAUUUUAGUUUACUAUUUUAUUUUGUGAUUCUGAAGACAAUGACUACCCGAAGACCAAUAUCCUGGUUUUUAACAGACCAGGGAAGAAAAUUCUCUUUUGUGGUUGUGACUGGAACCGGCAUAGCUCUAACAGCAGUAAGAUUUACUCCUCACACAUUUUUAAUUGAUAAAUACAGGGAGUUUGUUCAUUACUACAGUGCAGGGAAACCAGUAGAUUUAACAAAAACUCUUCGCGAUAGGUAUCAGAGAUGUUUAGAUAUCCUCAAAGUACCUGAAGUACAAAGAAAAUUAUUAAAACCUUUUACUGUAUUUGGAUUUGAUUUGUUUCAUGCUGGUAGUACAGGUUCCAGGUUCGGUGUUUUAAUUGGUAUACCAGUCAAUUUCAAUUAUAAUAAUUUAGAUGAUGUAGCUAAAGAUAAUGUUCAGGUUAAUCAGAAACCCGUUGACCUUUCAUCUGAAGUUGGAAAAAAACUUGGCGAAGCAUUAAUCCUUCCUGAGAAAGUACAGGAAUUUGCAAUUUGCAGAGAAAUAUUGAUGACUCAAAAUAAUAAAGUUAUGUUUGAGUCUUCAUAUCCUUUUAUAUCAGUUUUUCUUGUAUAUAAUUUGUCAAUGUACUUAAAUAAACGUCUUAAUUUAUAUGCAGCUCCAGUUGCAAUGAGAGCUAUGCUAUAUUCCAUUACUGGAUUGUUUGGAUUAGGGACUUAUUUCCUGUUAAAGGAUGCAACAGAAGUUCAUUAUGAGACUAGUACUGAUAAAGCUCUUGUUCAACUUGGAAAAGAAUAUGUUGAAAGUGGUGUAGUUUUUUAUGAAAAACUUCUGGCAAGAAAUCAAGCUUUGCGAGAAUUAAUGGGACCAGAAGGGGAGAGGAAGUACACUGUAAAAGGAAAUGUCAAUUAUACACUACGACAGCCACAUGUUGCAUUAGUGCAUAGAAAGCAAUUCUUUGAAAAAAUGUUAAUGGCUGAUGAUCCAGAAGGGCUACUAGAGACAUGAUUAUUUGUAUAACUAGGUAUAUGUAUGUUAAGUUUAAAAAUAUAUUAUUAUUAUAGCAACUAAGGAAUUCACAACUUCCUAUAUCUUAUAUAUAUCCCAACCCUAAUUCAGUCCUCGCAAGAAUUCCUUACAUUGGUGGCUUAAUCAAUAUUUAAGUUAACAUCGACAAAGUAUUGAAUUAAAAACUAACGCAACA